AUUCACACUACUUUUAAACAGACACAUCACACACUCUUUUUUGUUUUAUUUGCACAGAUUAAUGACUUUCAUUUAAAUUAUGACUGGCAUUUAACGCGAACCUGUUCUCUUUCAACUCCUCUGCCUCGGCGUAUGACUCAAAUUUGUUCGCCGCAUCGCUCAUGCGUCUGAAUGGAGUCGCGGAUAUUGCUUUCACUCGGACGUCGUAUACCUGUCCUUCUAACGCCUCGAAUUUCCUCGGUUUCAAGUUCUAUAUAUACCCCUGGAUCAGCUCGUUCAUCACAUCUCGGCCGAUCACAAUUACAAACUUCGCCAUCUGGCUUCACCUUUCCUCGAACCUCCGCCUACUAUUCGACCCGAGUCCCGAGCCCGCCAAAAGAUCAUUCUGUCAUGGCCACGACUGUAGAAUUGGUCUCAGUGCCUUCUGCAGAUACGCCUGGAACGUGCAUAUAUCUGCACAAUGAGAAGAUAUCCUACGUUUUCGGCCGAGUAGCAGAGGGCACACAGCGCGCCUUUGGCAGUCGCAAAAUCCACAUGGGCGGCACAAAUCAUGUUUUCCUCAGCGGGCCUGUUUGCUGGGAGCAGCUUGGAGGCCUAAUUGGCUACCUCCUGACGGUUGGUAACUCUUUGGACGCUGUUAAGGAGCAAGUAGCCCUGCAAAACAAGAAGCGAGAGGACAAGGGGCAAAAGCCAAUCGACGGCAACACCCGCGACGGUGUCGAUGUGCACGGUGCUGAUAACCUGGCGUAUCUGCUAGCAACUUCUCGUGCCGUGCUAUUCCGACAGCCUAUUGUGAUAAAGUUACGCGAACAUCUCGAGGAUCCACGAGCAGCCGAACCGAACAACAUCGAGCCGGACUGGAGUGAUGCUGCGAUUCGUGUCUGGAAAGUCCCGAUGAGGCGUGCGAGAUCAACAGCAGAAGCACAAACCACGGUGCCCCUGCCAAGCGGCGAAGUAGCGAAGGUUAUUGUGGAAAGACUCAUGUUUAACGGCUCUCUUGAGAAUCUGGCAUCUUUCCGACCCAAGACCUUGUCAGAGUUGACUGCAGAUGAUAACGCGAUCUACAUCAAAGACGGUGUCCUUGCGAUAUACAGAGGCCCUUAUUCAGAAGGUGGUAACCCAAUCCCAUCACCGUCUGACAUUGCCUGGGUCUUUUCGGAUAAGCCCAUCGAGUCAGCGCCUGGCACGGCCGCUCAUGGCACAAAAGAUGAAAAGCCAGACGCAUUCUUCAACUCGCCGGCGCUGCCACCUGCAACAUAUAGCGACAUAUCUCUCAGUUACAUUAUCAAAUGCCAUGACCGACGAGGAAAGUUUAAUGCUGCGCGGGCCAAAGAACUCAAGGUUCUCCCCAAGUUAUUCAGCAAGUUGACUGCUGGCGAGAGCGUUACGUCUGAGGAAGGCCAAACGGUGACUCCCGACAUGGUUCUCGGUGAAAAGCAACCGGGUAAAGGUCUGGCUGUAGCCGAUAUUCCGUCUGCCGAUUUUCUCGACAGCUUUUUCGAAAGACCAGAGUGGAAGAACGACGAGCUCAUGGAGCACGUCGUCGUCAUGUACUGGAUUCUCGGCGACGGCAUUGCCCAAGAUCCCCGUAUUAAGCAGUUCACACUGGAUUACCCCGAUAUUAAGCAUGUCUUCUGCGCCAAGGAGACUUGUCCCAACAUGAUCACACAUCCUGGUGCGGCCGAAGGACUUGCGCGUCUGCGCCGCAUCGACCCUGAUCGAUUCCCUAUUCUCAACUACGACAACACCGUCUCUUAUCCUGCACCUGAAGCCUCCUCUGCCAUCAACCUUGGUCGAGCAGGAUUGAAAAUGCACAUUAUGCCUCGCGUUGCGUCCGUCGACGGCAACGUAGUCCCCUUCACAGAUCUCGUUGCUCCCUUUAACGAUGUGCCCGAUGAAGCCAUAGCUCUCGCCCAGAAAGCCAAGGCAGAAACAUCUGAUCCUGCUUUCCUUGAGCGUAUUGCCAAAGAAGAGCACGAUAUCCCUAGCCGUGACGCGGAGAUCAUUCCUCUCGGCACAGGUUCCUCCGUACCCAGCAAGUACAGAAACGUCUCGUCUACGUUGAUUCGCGUCCCUGGCAUUGGCAAUUACUUGCUUGACUGUGGUGAAGGAACUCUAGGCCAAAUCGUCCGCCUCUUUGGCCAAGAGGAAACAGCCAAUAUUCUCCGCGACCUAAGGUGUAUCGUCAUCAGCCACUUACAUGCGGACCACCACUUAGGCGCAACCUCCCUCAUCAAGCGGUGGUAUGAGCAGACGCUCAAGGAUGGCUCAACCGCCAACCUAGCCAUCUGCUGUAUCCACCGCUACAAACAGCUACUUCAAGAAGCCGCUCAAGUCGAGGAUAUUGGUUUCCACCGUCUACGAUUUCCUAGCUCUGGCAAUUCAUCGACCCAAAACGUCGACGAGGUCACAGCACAAGAUCUCGGCGCGGAGAACUUCGGGCUAGCCCGCAUCAAGCGCGUCAAAGUACCUCACUGUUGGCGCUCGUAUGCUACCGAGAUUGAGCUCAUGUCUGGUCUGCGCAUCGCAUACUCCGGCGAUUGUCGCCCAUCCUCUGACUUUGCCCAACAGUGUAAGGGUGUUCACCUACUCAUCCACGAGUGCACGUUUGGUGAUGACAUGGGAAGCCACGCCAAGGCAAAGAAGCACAGCACCAUGGGCGAGGCUCUCAAGGUUGCCUCUGACAUGCGCGCUCGUCGCGUCCUUUUAACGCACUUUUCUCAACGGUAUACUAAGUCCGACUCUUUGCGCCAGACACAAGCCACUGACGGCAAUGUCUUGCUUGCCUUUGACUUUAUGCGUAUCAAGCUGGGUGACUUCCAAAUCGCCGCCAAGUAUGUGCCUGCUGUGGAACUUCUCAUGGAGAAGCUCGGCGAGGCUUGAUCUAAUGUGCACAUAUUCUUCACAAACGUAUAUAUAAAAGUUCUUAGAGGCCACUCAAUUCCAUCAUCACAGAGACCAGCUCUUGUGGUAUAUUUAUCUAUCUAAAAUUCCCUAUCUAUAAAGGUUGAUCCUUUAUGAUGCUAAUUUCCCUUCUCUUGAUUUACCUGCUGAUUCCCUUCCUGCUGAUUCCCGUCCGUGUUGUCUAUAAACGCAAUAUUGUUGAUAUAUUCCGUUAAAGCACAAUCGUCGGCCGGUUUAUCAUAAGCAGCCUUUCACUGCUAUUCCCUGUUCUUUUUUUGUUUUUCUGAAUUUUCUUUCUUCUCAUUUCCCUUCACUGGGGGAGAGAACCACCUUAACGUCUUCGGACAGGCACCCAAUCCGGGUUAGGUUCGGACUCCUGAGGUCCUCCCCAGCCCAUGGUCGAGUAGCAGCUAGCCACCUCCGCGAUGGAUGCACACAUUGACUUGAUGGAGUCGUGAGGGUUUCUCCCGACAUACCCAUCCUGAGUAGCAUGCACCUUUGAUUGCUGCACGGGAGGCAUUACCUCAGGAGACGGGGCACCAGAACGGACAAAACCACCAGGUGAGCGAGCCCUGCUGUGGUGGCUUGCAGCUCUGCUUCCUCGGACACGGCUGGGGUGAAGCACAAGAGCCAACGGAGCCACUGGAGUCACGCACAAAGAUGGAGGCGAUGCAUUUUGCACUUUCUCGGCAUCAUGCUCAUUCGAGUACUUGGACCAGCCCUGUCGAACGUCCGCAGUCUGCGAAGGAGGGUGGACCGGGAUAGGGCUCAAGACCUCAGGGCGCUCCUCGAGGCUUUGGCGGCCAGGGAGUAGCAUGGGAUCGGUGGAGUACGCGCUGCUGGUAUUGUAGUAGCUGAACUUCGGGCCAGGUACCCAUGGCAGAGGCUUGUCCUCGUAGUUGUUGCCGUUGUUGCGGUUGGCGGCGAAAUCAUCCUCCUCAGGCUCCUCGUCGCUGAAGUAGUCGACUUGGUAGUCGAAGACAGAAGGCCUGUCCGUGUUGGGCAAAGCUGGGCUAGGAAGCCGGAAGUCGUCAGACUGAACGGAGGCCCGUGUGCCAGGCACAAUGGUCGAAUAAGCAGAAGGACUGCCUGUCUCAUGAACCUGGUAGUCAAAGACCGAACCGUCAGCUCUGACGGGUUCGGCGGGCAUGUUGUCGGAGACAGGAUAUCCAACCUGUGGUCGAGUGCGAGGCGAUAUCUGUUCCUCAGCCUGGUAGUCAUAGCCUGGGGUUUUUGCCUCGCUUGUCGAAUAAUCGGGAUACUCAAACGGUGGUCGAGUGCGAGGCGAUGUCUGUUUCUCAGCGUAGUAGUCAUAGAGUGGCACCUUUGCCUUGCUUGGCGAAUAGUCGUCCGUGAUGCGAUCAUCGUCCUCAAAGUACUGCUUGGAGCGAACCUCUGGUGGCACAUAGGUCUUGGGCUGCAGCAGCUCCUGAGACUCUUCGUCAAAGCCACUGCGGACAAACUUGCGGUAAUCCGACAUCCAUGGCUCCUCGCUCUCGGCCUCAACUGGGAAGCCCUGCAUGUUGUCAUGGUCAUUGCCGUCACGAUGGCCGGCACGAUGGUCGUCAAGAUCGCUGGGCAGGCUCUCAAGGUCCGAGAUGGCAACGCCGUCAUCGUCCAUGUCGGAGCUGUGGCGCUGCAUGAGAUCCUCAAAGUCCUUGCCUUGGCCGCGGGACUCCCAGUAUGCAACAGAGCUGAUGUCUGCAUGAGGAGUCGAAGCGUGCAUCCUAAACGAUGGAUGGUGUUGGGCAAGCUCAGCUUCUUCAAUUUCCAAUCGACUUACUCUUCUGCCAUCUUCUGCGGGCGGCUGCAAGCAAAUGCUUGGAACUCGGUCCCAUGAUGGGUAAGGGAGCGGUUCCCUGCCGGGGGCCUGGAUACUCUCAGUAUAAUCCUGAUCGUACAUCAAGUCAUGCUUACCUCGUCUGUGGCGAUCUUCGGCCUUUUGCUGGCGGCGGAGUCGUCUUCCGUGGCGGAGGCUCAGAAUAACCGGGACCAAUUCCUCGCUUUCAAUAGUCAAAGUGCGUCUUCGGUUGCUAGAGUAGCAAGUCGAAAGCCAAGCGUUGACAAAGUCCAAAAGCAGAGGUGACUGGGUGUCAGUGCUGCCAAGAUCGUCCUGGUAUUCAGAGCGAGCCAGGAGUCCAGCGCGCAAGUCCCGGAGCAUGUUGCCGGUGCCUCCCAGAAUAGCGAGCUUGCAGGCUUCGCAAGAGGUGUCGACCAAGACGGGGGGUCUGUAGGUGGGGUAGUACUUGAUCACCUUGGACGCCUUGUCUUGGCCAAUCCAGAGAGUCGUGAUGUUGUCGAUGCCUGUAAGCCAGCGGUCAGUGAUGUCGUCAAGCUUCCCUUUGCGUCGCCAGUAUCGAAAGCCGUCGACUCGCUGAGUGCACUCUUUAGCCACAAGAAGGGUAAGAGCGCGAAUCAGCUUGGCAUUGAGAUCCUUGUGAGUCCAGCAGAGAUGGGCGUGGUCGGAAGUAAAGGGGAUGCCGUAAAAGCUGACAGUGUUAGCGACCUGCUGAAUGAUGCCCCUGGUGCGAGUCAAAGGGACCUUCAGGUCGCGGAUGCGGCUUUUCUGGAAGGCGAGCCAACGCUCUUGGGCAUCCUGAGUAUCGGCAGGACGGCAAAAGUACAAGGUUCGAACCAGCUGCUCGAUCUCGACCAGCGAGAGCGUGUGCAAUUGGGACGAAUGAACAGGUCCGCGAUACACUCUGCCUGGAGGCGGCAUGUAUCCGGCUGUCUCCUCGAUUCGGGGAUCAAUGUAUCUAACCGUCGGCAUGAUGAAGAAGUUAAGAGGGGUAAGAAGGUGGUGGUGGUGAUGAUGGAAUUAUUUUUAUGUGUUUUUGUUUGUGUGGUUAAGAUAUGGGAUAGGAUGGAGGAUUCACCCUAUCUUUAUAGACGGCAGGAAGCAACGUAGACACAUCGUCGCUGAGAAAUAUGGUAGGUGUUCGCAAGCCUGAUGACCUUCCGUCACAGUCUCUUACUUUGUUAACCGUUCGUGAAUGGUGUAUGUGUGUUCGUUGAGCCCUAUAGCGGUCCGCAGCUCCAUACAGAGAAACUGUUCUCAUGGUUGGUCUAUAUCUCUUUGACACAUCAAAGACCCCGCUGCGUUCCCUUUGUGUUCGGACACACUGCAUUGUUGUUUGUUCUGUAGCAGGUUGUGCUGCGAACACCAAAUCUGCUGUUCUGCAUUUCCGCUCAGCCACUGCCGGCGAACGCCUUUGGUGAACAUGAACAAUGUACCUGGCGAACAGUCAUCUCUAGAAUACUAAGAAAGAGUAAGUACAGUGCUGUACUGUAGUACUGUUGAAGAAUAAAGAAAUAGAAUAGCAACGAACAUGAUCUUUUUGAUAGCAUAGGUUCGUGAGCUUUAGCACACAGAUGGUAAAAGAGAACAAUUGUGACAACUUGGCUCGAAAGCAC